AUGGCGGGUGCGGAGGGGACAGGUGGCGGUUCUAGUGGUAUAUCAAAUCAUCGAAAUCUGAGAGGCUUUAAAAAUAAACUUCAGAUUGAAACGAAAACAAGAGUACUCUCAACGCAAGCAAAAACGACCCCCAAAAGACACCCCAAAUACAGCGAAAUCAAGAGUACUCUCAAACGCAAGCAAAAACGACCCCAAAAGACACCCCAAAUACAGCGAAAACAAGAGUACUCUCAAACGCAAGCAAAAACGACCCCAAAAGACACCCCAAAUACAGCGAAACAAGAGUACUCUCAAACGCAAGCAAAAAACGACCUCAAAGAACCCCCCCCCCCCAAUAAAGCGAAACAAGAGUACUCUCAAACGCAAGCAAAACGGCCCAAAAGACACCCCAAAUACAGCGAAAACAAGAGUACUCUCAAACGCAAGCAAAAACGACCCAAAAGACACCCCAAAUACAGCGAAAACAAGAGUACUCUCAAACGCAAGCAAAAACGACCCCCAAAUACAGCGAAAACAAGAGUACUCUCAAACGCAAGCAAAAACGACCCCAAAAGACACCCCAAAUACAGCGAAAACAAGAGUACUCUCAAACGCAAGCAAAAACGACCCCAAUACAGCGAAAACAAGAGUACUCUCAAACGCAAGCAAAAACGACCCCCAAAUACAGCGAAACAAGAGUACUCUCAAACGCAAGCAAAAACGACCCAAAAGACACCCCAAAUACAGCGAAAACAAGAGUACUCUCAAACGCAAGCAAAAAACACGACACCCAAAUACAGCGAAAACAAGAGUACUCUCAAACGCAGCAAAAAAAAACGACCCCCAAAUACAGCGAAAACAAGAGUACUCUCAAACGCAAGCAAAUACAGCGAAAACAAGAGUACUCUCAAACGCAAGCAAAAACGACCCCAAAAGACACCCCCAACACGCGAAAACAAGAGAGUGAAAACCAGCGACUAG